AUGGUUUCCUUCACCACCCUGCUUACUGCAGGCCUGUUGGCCACCACUACCCUUGCUGUGCCCCACACCAUGCACAUGCACCGGGAUCUGCACAAGGUGCAGAAGCGCUCCACCAGCAAGCGCGGAGCGGCCUACAACGAUGUCUCCACCGUCUCCGUCCUCAGCGACUCGAACACCAUCAGCUGGGCCUAUGACUGGGGCUUCUCUGGCAGUUCUGGUCUCCCCUCCGGUGUCGAGUUUGUCCCCAUGCUCUGGGGAGUCAGCUUCUUCAGUGGUUGGCUCACAGCUAUCGAGACCCUUCUCGCCGGCGGAAGCAACUACAUCAUGGGUUUCAAUGAGCCGGAUAACUCUGGUCAGGCUAACAUGAGCCCUUCCGUGGCGGCUGGAUACUACAAGCAGUACAUCACCCCGUACUCCGGCUCUGCCAAGCUGAUCUCUCCUGCCGUCACCUCGUCCACCACGGACGGUGAGGGUCUGAGCUGGCUCGAGGAAUUCAUGACCGACUGCUCUUCCUGCAACAUUACCGGUCUGGCUGUUCACUGGUACGGAGACUCCAUUGACGAGUUCACUAGCUUCGUUCAGGAGGCCGUUACCACUGCCGCCAACUACGACCUGGAGGAGGUGUGGGUCACUGAGUUUGCUCUGACUGCCGAUAUCUCUGGUGUCAGCGAUCAGUCCACCACUGCCGACUUUGUCACUCAAGCUGUUACCUGGAUGGAUUCUCAGGCUAACGUUACCCGUUACGCGUACUUCAUGUGUGCUGAUGGAUAUCUGCUUUCUGAUGAUUCGCUGAACUCUGUUGGCUCCGCUUACACCUCGUCCUCGAACUAA